AUGUUGUCAUUAUUCCCAAGAGGUUCUUUGCUGCUUCCUCGAUGCAAUAGAUGCAUACAAAGUCAAGCUCCCCGUUGUGUAACAACAUUGACGACUGGUUCAUCGACAGAUCGUCCUUUACCUCUUGAGGGCAUCCGAGUUGUGGAAUGUGGUCACCUCAUCGCCGGACCUUUUGCCGGAACAAUCUUGAGCUAUUUCGGAGCUGAUGUGAUCAAGGUGGAGCCCCCUACAGGUGAUCAAGUGCGCGGCUACCGCGAGUUAGACUCGACCAAGACGUCGUUGUGGUGGUACUCGCUCGGACGCAACAAACGGUCGGUGGCAAUUGAUAUGAAGAAAGAGGAAGGGCGGAAGCUCGUUAAAGAGCUUAUCGAGCAGAGUGACGUCCUCAUUGAGAAUUUUCGUCCUGGUCGUAUGGAGAAGUGGGGACUUGGGCCGGACCACUUUGAAAAGGUAAAUCCUAAACUCGUAUACGCGCGAGUAUCCGGCUUUGGACAAAGUGGACCAUACUCGUCGAGACCAGGUUUUGCUUCAGUGUGUGAAGCCGUGGGGGGAUUUCGCUACGUGAACGGCUUUUCAGACCGUCCACCAGCUCGUCCAAACCUCAGCAUUGGCGACACUAUUGCUGGGAUUCAUGCGGCUCUAGGAAUUGUGCUUGCUCUUCUUGGACGUGAGCGAGGAGCUGCAGCUGGAUUGAACAGCAAUGGACAGGUUGUGGAUGUGGCUAUCUACGAAUCGAUGUUCAAUCUCAUGGAGGCAGUGGUGCCUGAAUAUGAUUAUGCAGGGUCAGUCCGGGAAUGCUCAGGCUCUACAAUCAGCGGUAUUGUGCCUUCCAACACGUACAUCACCAAGGACAAAAAGAAUGUCGUCCUUGCUGCCAACACUGACUCGCUAUUCGUAAAGCUCAUGAAUGCUAUCGGUAGAGAAGAUAUGGCAGCAAACACGAAGUACCGAACGAAUGCCGACCGUGUCGUGCAUCAAGAGGAGAUUGACGCUACGAUCGUGGCUUGGACGGCGACUCAGGAUCUGGAUACUGUGGUUGCAGUGAUGGAGAAGACUACGGUACCAGUGGGCCUUGUGUAUUCUGUAGAAGACAUGCUUAAGGACCCGCACUACCAGCACCGCGGGAUGUUUGAAAAGGUGAAAAUUCCAGAUGGAAACAAAACGCGGACGCUCAAGGUGCCUGCGAUCUUGCCCAAGUUAAAAGCCACGCCGGGCAAAACACAAUUUGCCGGACGCAAACUGGGGCAGGACACACGUUUCGUGCUUGAAGACGUACUUGGAAGGUCCAAAAUGGACAUUGAGCGACUGCUGGAUGAGAAAGUGGUCUUUGAGCCAAAGUAG